CUCUGGAUACCCUGGUCAGCCACUCAGACUGCAACUGCAAAACUCACCUCAAGAGUGCCUUAAAGAGCCCCACCAGCUGGGCAGUCCCUGCAGCUCCACACACUGACCCAUCCUGUGCCUUGUUCCCCACAGAAUGGGCCUGCUCCUACCCCUGGCGCUCUGCACCCUGGCCCUGUGCUGUGGGGCUGUGUCUCUGCCCCAGCAGGCCCUGGGCCCCUCGCCUCUGCUCUCCCGGGGCUGCAAUGACUCAGAUGUGCUGGCAGUCGCGGGCUUUGCCCUGCAGGACAUCAACAGAGACAGAAAGGACGGCUAUGUGAUGAGCCUCAAUCGCGUGAACAAUGCCUGGGAACACAGACAGGAUGGCCUGGGAUCUCUGUUCUAUCUCACACUGGAUGUGUUAGAGACUGACUGCCAUGUGCUCAGCAAGAAGGCGUGGAAGGACUGUGGGUUGAGGUACUUGCAUGAAUCGACCACCCAGUGGGACAACUUGUACUCCAUGUGA